AUGUUGGAGUUCCCGGUAGCCAAAGAAACAAUUGUACUCAAUGAGACUAUGUACAUCCAGCCAGGACAGGUCUGGGACGGUCAGAUGAAGAGAUAUGAGCGUGUUGAGGGGAGCUGCAACGAGCAAGCCGAAGGAACGGAUGCCGAUGCUGUGUUCAACUUGCUCCCUGGCAGCACGAUCCGGAAUGUGAUCAUUGGGAAGCACCAAUCUGAGGGAAUCCAUGCUCUUGGAGAUGCCUGGGUCGAGAAUGUCUGGUGGGAAGACGUCUGUGAAGACGCCCUGACCUCCAAAGGCUUGAAUACGCAACUUCGCGUGAUCGGCGGCGGCGCUCGAAAUGCACAAGACAAGAUCUUCCAAGACAACUCCCUAGGCGGAAAGUACAACAUCACCGGCUUCGUCGCCGACACUUUUGGCACCUUCUACCAGUCCUGUGGGAACUGCUUGAACCAGUCGAAACGCAAUGCCACUAUCCAAAACGUCGUUGCAAUCAACGGCACACGAAUGGGCAUAAUCAACCCUAACUACGGCGAUGAGUACCGUAUCAAAGAUGCUCAGAUCCAAGACGUCAAGUUCAUGGUCGACAAGGAGAUUGGUAACAACGUUCAAACGGUGCCGUACACGGUGGGUACUGGGCCAGACGAGAAGUAUGCGUUAUACAACAUGACGCGUGAUCAUAUAACAAUAUUCAACGGGACGAUAUUGAAGCAGUAUGUGCCUGAGGACCCGUACCCAUGGUUGGGAGAGUUUUGGCCGAGUUUGAGGAAUGGAAGUAGUAAUGCUUGA